AUGUCGGAUACACCUGAAGACGAGCAGUAUGACUCUGCGUAUCUCCGUCGUUAUUUCGCACAAUCUUCUAAAAUACAACAGUUCUUUUUCAUCAGAAAUCGUCUAAAGGACAUACGCAACGCUGCUUCUACAGACGAGUCUGCUUGUUGUAAUUCUGUCAUGUCUGCAUUGGCGUGGAACCCUCUCGUCAGUCCCAAACUUGCUACCGAACUUCAAUGGCAUAUCAUCCGCAUGGUUUCAUCUAUUUCUUCGCUCAAGAUGAUGUGGCUGUUUACUCGCGAUAAUCUCCAUAAUGACAGCAUCGAGCUUUGGCGAAUGAGAUAUGGUUUCUCGAAUACUGUCGGCGACAGUUUUAAUAUUGGAACGGCUGUGUUGUCAGAGUUGGCAAUUUACCAAGAUAACGAAAUAUUUAUGGAUCCGAUUGGUGGACAGUCCUUGUUUCAGUAUGCAAUCUUUUGUAUGGGCGGUGAUAUCGAAGGACGACUCCCGCUACACAUUCGAACCGACGAAUCGUUCUACAGAGGAAUAGACAGACGGUUUGUCACCAGAUUACGUAUCCAUUUUGGAGAUGCAACGAUGGCGGAUCAGCAGGCAUGGGAACAAUUUGGUCGACAUGUCACUGAUUUGACUGUAGGAGCGUCUCCAUAUUCUUCGGUUCAAAUAUCACUUUUCGGUCACGUUUUCAUGGUUGAUGGAAUAUUUUUCCCUUACUUCGAACGUGGCUCAUUGACUGGUGGUUUCGGAGGUGAUCUUCAUAUCGCAUUUGUAUCAAAGACAGUUCUUGUUGAACCGCCUCUUGUUGAAGAACAAUCUCUGUAUGGUGGUACUUACAGGUUCGCCUUUAUUUACGAGCUAAAGAGAUGGUAUAUGCCAGUAAUAGUGAUAAUGACGAUGUAUUACUAUUUUCAAGAGGUUACCUAUCAGAUCUUAUUAUCCCAUCUCAGCUAUCAUCGACUUGUACUGAAAGCAGAGAAGCAUGCAGAACAAGAACUCUCCAUUUAA